UUUGCGGCAAAAUUGGAACAAACACACACACACACAGAUGAGAUGAGAUACCUCCACUCCACCUUCUUCCCAUCAUCUUCUUCCUCUCACCUCUCCCAUUUCUUAACAGAGUAACCAUGGCCUGAAAACCCUAGCUCAAUUUUUUCAUCUCAACAUUUCUCCGACAACCAAAGAAAUUCAAUCAGCGAUGAAGCAAUUGCACAAGCAAUCAUCAAUGCCAAUCUCCCACGCAUCCCAGCUCUACUCCCCCAAAUCCCUCAAACACCCCAGAUCCCUCCCCAGAUCCAUAACCUACCUCCUCAAGGAGCAGCGCCUCCUCUUCAUCCUCGUCGGCGUUUUCAUCGGCUUCACCUUCUUCCUCCUCCAGCCCUCCCUCUCCCCCGCCGAUCCCCGCCCCCACCUCUUCUCCGCCACCCGCGCCUCGCUAACUACCGACCCCGAUCCCGCCGCCGCCGCCGCCACUUACGCGAAUAGCAACCCGGUCGCUCGUAAUAACCCCAGGUACUCCAAUGGCGUCGGCAGAGUGCCGGUCGGGAUUGGAUCGAAGAGGCGGAGGAUUGUCGUCACCGGCGGCGCGGGAUUCGUCGGGAGUCAUCUGGUGGAUAAGCUGAUUGCCAGAGGCGAUGACGUCAUUGUGGUUGAUAAUUUCUUCACUGGGAGGAAGGAGAAUGUGGUGCACCUGUUUGGGAAUCCGAGGUUUGAAUUGAUUCGGCACGAUGUCGUCGAGCCGAUUUUGCUGGAGGUCGAUCAGAUAUACCAUUUGGCUUGCCCUGCUUCGCCUGUGCAUUAUAAGUACAAUCCCAUCAAGACUAUCAAGACGAAUGUGAUGGGCACACUUAAUAUGUUGGGCCUUGCAAAGAGAAUUGGUGCGAGGUUCCUUCUCACUAGCACAAGUGAGGUUUACGGCGACCCUCUCGAGCAUCCACAAAAGGAGACGUAUUGGGGGCACGUGAAUCCAAUCGGGGUAAGGAGUUGCUACGACGAAGGGAAACGAACAGCAGAAACCUUAGCUAUGGACUAUCACCGUGGUGCGGGGGUUGAGGUGCGCAUUGCACGUAUUUUUAAUACAUACGGCCCUCGUAUGUGUCUAGAUGAUGGGCGUGUCGUCAGCAACUUUGUUUCACAGGCUAUACGAAAACAACCAAUGACAGUCUAUGGUGAUGGCAAACAAACACGAAGCUUCCAAUACGUGUCUGACUUGGUUGAUGGAUUGGUGUCACUAAUGGAAGGCGAGCAUGUGGGCCCGUUCAACUUGGGCAAUCCGGGAGAAUUUACCAUGUUAGAUCUCGCCGAGAUUGUAAAAGAAACAAUUGAUCCAAGUGCAACGAUCGAAUUCAAACCAAACACUGCUGACGAUCCACAUAAAAGAAAACCAGAUAUUAGUAAAGCAAAAGAGUUUCUCAAUUGGGAACCGAAGGUUUCCUUGCGAGAAGGGUUGCCUCGAAUGGUCGACGAUUUCCGAAACAGAAUCUUGAACGAAGAUGAAGGUAAAGGCAACUAAUGAAUACACAGAGGAAAUAUAGCAUGUAUAGAAUGAGAGAAAAAAAAAAAGCAUUUCAAUUUUGUGAAUCUUGUUCAGUUGUUCCAUUUUUCGAUAUUACAUUGGCAUGUUCAUUUUAAAAGUUUUUUAGGAACUCGAAAUUUAGAAAAUACGUAACCACGCCCGUUACAAAUUUACCAAUAUAUAUAUUUUUAUUUUCAUUUUUAAAAACUUUGUACUAUUUUUUUUUCUUCGGAUAAUGAUUAUAUCCACGUUAAUCGAGUUUUUAUUUUACCUGAUGA